AUGGAUGCAAAAGAAAGCUGUAAAGAAGUAGAAGUUGAUUCAGUUCUUUCUACUUUUGAAGUUAACAAGAAUAUAAAUUUUUUUGAUGAAGAUAAUAGAAAUAUGAUUGUCUUAAAUAAUGACGAUAGAGAAAUUAGGAAUAGUGAUAAAAUGAAUAAUAAUUUUAAUGAAAUGAAUAAUACAAAUGAUGAUAAAAAUGAUAAUGAUAACAUUAAAGAUACAAAUAAUAUUGAUAAUUAUAAUAAUGUAAAUAGUUGUUUUAACAAGGUAGAAAAUAUUAAUAUAUGUAAUGAUAUAAAUAUUAUUAAUGAUAAUAACAAUAAUAAUAAUAAUAAUAAUAUGAGUAAUGAAAAUAACAUUUAUAAUAAUGCUCAAAAUAUUUCUUCUAAUAGUAAUAAUUGUUUUUAUACAUAUAAAGAAAAUUAUUGUAGUGAUUUAGAUACAAAUAAUGGGAAAACGAAAUUGCUUAAUAAGCAUUCUAAUAAAAAUGUGAAUUACAAUAAUUAUAAUAAAAGUAAUCAUAAUAAUUUUAGUAUUAAUAAGAAUUUUAAAAAUUUUAGAAAUAAAUUUAAUAUAUUUAAUAAAAAUGCAAUCAAACAAAAUAAUUCAAAACAAAAUAUUAAUAAAGAAAAUAAUGAAAAUGAGAAAAACGAAAAUAAUGAAAAUGAUGAUAGUGAAAAGGAGAUGAUAACUAAUAAUAAUUACUAUGAUGAUUUUUAUAAAAGAGAUGUUCUAUUUUCAACUUAUAAUAAUCAAGGACAAAAUAAAAGUAACUAUCGAAAUUUUCAUGAAAACAAAAAACUAAAAAAUAAUAAUAAAAGUAAUAAUAAUGAUAGUUAUAGUGAUAAUAUGAAUAAUGGUAAUAAUGAUACAAAUAAUGAAAAUAAUAAUAAUAUGAAUAUUAAUAAUAAUGAUAAUAGUAUAAAUAAUAAUGUUGUUAUUAAUAGAUAUGAUCAAAUCAACUCAAAUAAUAGCAAUAAUAUUAUUAUAAAUACCAAUAAAAAAAGGAGAGUAGCUAAAUAUGAUAAUUUUUAUAAAAAUAAACAGAAAAAAAAUUAUCAUAAAUCAUUUAAUGAUAACAUAAAAAGAUUUAAUAAUAAUUCUAUCAAUUUAACUGAUUUAAAUAACAACAAAAAUGAUUCAUCGAAUUAUAAUAAUGAGAAACAAAAAUAUCAGAAUUAUUCUAAUAAAAAUUCUAACUUAAAUUUUAAUAAUCAAAAUAAUGAAGAGGGUAAUAUGAGAAAUACUUUUAUGAAAGAAAAUUAUAACACAACUAAAAGUGCUAAUAGAAACAAUAAUAAUAAUAAUAUGAAUUACUUUUAUAAUAAUAUGAAUAAAAAAAAUUUCAAUAAUUUAGCUUUUUCUUUAAACAAAUAUUUUAUCCCUUUUAAAAGUAUUGAUGGAAAAGAUAGCAGAAAUGUAAAUAAUGAAAAUAUAAUGAAUAAGAAUAAACUUAUUAAUAAGAAUAUUAAUUUAAAUAAUAAUAAUAAUAAUGCGUUAAAUAAUAAUUUUAAUAAUGAGAAUGAAAAUUAUAAUACCAACUCUUAUGAAGAUAAUUGUAAGGAUAAAAAUAAUAAUUAUGAUAAUAUUAGUCGAGAUGAUAUAUAUGAUAACACUAAUAACUAUGAUAAUAAUUAUAAUUACAAUAAUUCUUUCAAAUAUGAUGACCCUAUCAAUGAUUUCAAUGGUAGUCACAAAAAUAAUAUAGAUGAAUUAACCGAUUUAAAUAAGAAAAAUAAUAAUAGUAAUAUUAAUAAUAGAAACAACGUAUCUAAUAAUUUCAGUAAUUUGGAUAUGAUAGCACAAAAUUUUAACUUAGAAUUUUUAAAAAAUUGUAAAAAUAAUAUGGAAAAUGAAUUAAAUACAAAUAAUACAUAUGACAAUGAAAAAUAUAUGAAAUAUCAAGGAAAUAAUGUAAAAGAUUUUAAUAUACAAAACUAUAUUGAAUGUUUAAGUGAAGUUUCUGAAAUAAGUGACGAAGAAGAGAAAGAUUACGAUUUAUAUAAUGAAGAACCAAACAAAAUUAUGAAUGGACAAUAUGAUGAAAGUAAUAAUAAUUCAAAAAGUUUUAAUGUGAACAAUUUUCAUUCAGGUGAUGCUACAUCACCUUUUGAUACAAAUUUAAAUCAAAGUAAUAAUAAUAAAUCUGAAUUAAUGAAUGAUUUAUAUAAAUUCUGUAAUUAUAAUAGAAAUAUUAACACAAGUGAAGAAGUGAAUCAUUAUUACCCUAAUACUAAUAAUGCAUAUUAUAAAAAAAAAUUGAAAAUAGAAAGCAAAAAAGGAUUAGGAGAUGCAUAUAUGAAUAAUAUUGUUACCAAUUCUUUUAAUCAUAACGUAAAUUAUUCUAAUGAUAUAGAUUUAAGUAAUUCUCCAAGUAGUAGCAAUAGUAGUACGAGUAAUCAUAAACAUGAUAUAGAUAAAAACAAAAAAAAAAAAAAAACAGUUAACUCUAUGAAUGCGAGUGAUAAAAUAAAUAAUGCAGAAAAUGUAAGUUACGCAAAUAAUAAAAUAUCAAAUUAUUUAGGUGAAGAUCAAAAUGAAAUAUAUAAUCAAAAUAUAAGCCAUAAUCUUAAUUUCCUCAAAAGGGGAUUUCACGAAAAAAGUGAAAAAUGCAGAAAUCAAAAUAAGAGUAAAAUGAUUAUGGAAAAUGAUAAUAGUUAUGAUAGUAGCUGUAGUGAUAGUUCUAUAAAUUAUAAUAGUGUUGAUUUAGGGAAAGAAUCAGUAAAUGAUAAAAAAAAUAAGUUAUCAUUAAAUCAAAUAAAAACAGAGGAUCUAUUUAUUAAUUCCUAUAUGCCAUACCCACCGGAAAAAUAUAAUAAUAUUUAUGAGUUACAUGAAAUUAAAAUUUUAUCUCCUCAUAUUUUAAAAACAAAAUUCCAAAAAGAAGGGAAAACAUAUCAUUCAACUUUAAAAGAUGGAAAGUUAAUUUUACUUUUAGAUUUAGAUAAUACAUUAUUACAAGCAACUUCUUUUGCAAAAUUUAAUAUGGAUUUGCCCCUUGAGAAUUUUGUUGAUGAAAAUGGAGAAGCUCAAUUAUAUAAAUUUUUUCUUCCAUCAUAUAAUUUUUUUUAUUACUUAAAAUUCAGACCAUAUGUUCGUCAAUUUUUGCAAAUUUUAUCUUUAUAUUAUGAGUUAUCAGUUUAUACAAAUGCAACAAGAGAAUAUGCUGAUGUAGUAAUAGCAAUAUUAGAUCCUGAUAGAACAUUAUUUUCUGAUAGAAUUGUAGCUAGAUGUAGUUCAACGGAUAGGGAUGAAAAUAAACAUUUUUCAAGAAUUUAUCCAAACAUAGAUUCAAAAUAUGUAAUAGCUUUUGAUGAUAGAAAAGACGUUUGGUCUGAUAUACCACAAUCUCAUAUAUUAAAAGCAGAACAUUAUAACUUUUUUGAGUUAAGUAAAUAUGAUAUUUUAUCACAUUUUAAAGAAUCAUCUACUUGUAAAAAAAAAUUUUUAGAUAUGGAUAUGCAUCUAUAUUAUAUGACAAAAGUUUUUCUUAAAUUGCACAAAAAAUUUUUCGAGAAACCAUUAGAAGUAGAUGUAGGUAAAUUAAUAGAAGAAAUUAUGUCUGAUACCUUAAAGAAUGUAGGAGUAUAUUUCACAGGUUUUAGAAAAAAUUCGAAAAAUGCUCAAAAUGUGUUAUCAGCAGAUUGUGAAGAAAGACAAAAGGAAAUGGCUUUAGAAUUAGGUGCAAAAAUUUAUAGCAAUUAUGAUUUACCAGGUGUUACUCAUAUAAUUGCUGCAAAAAAUUGUACAGAUAAUUUAAUAAAAUCAAAAAAAUCAGAUUACAAUCACAUAUAUAAAGUUCACACAUUAUGGUUAUACCAUUGUAGAGGUACUCUUGAAAAUGUUGACUGGUCUCAUUUUGAUGCUGAUGAACUUUGUAAAAUUUACAAUAAUAAGCCACCAUUACAUCCAAAAAAAGAUCAUUGGUUUUUUGGUAAUAAACAUUUAAGGAAACAAGAUGAUAUGACUGAUUGUGUUAAAAUUGAAAAUCUGAAAUCAAGAAUAUUUUUGGGAACUGGUGAAUAUACUCAUGAUGCUGUUAUUUUUUCACCGUUUGAACAAAUUCAUAUAAAAUGGAUUGAAAAGGAAGUUAAGUUAAGGCAAAAUUAUGAUACAUCAUAUAAUACUAUUUCGAAUGAUACCAAAAGUAAUGAAAAGAAUCAAAUUAAUGAUGAUUAUGCUGAUGAUAACUAUUCAUAUGAUGAUAAUAAUGAAGAAGACAAUGAAUAUUCAUCUACAAAUAGUAAAUUAUAA